AUGGCGCCUGAGACGAGAACCGGUCCCAUGCCUCAAGCCGCUCCAGAAAUCAUGGACCCGGAUGGGGAUGUGGUCAUCAACUGUUCUGGCGUGUGUUUCCUCGUCUCCUCAAAGGCCGUCUCUUUAGCCUCGCCAGUAUUUCGCGCCAUGUUUACCUCGAAAUUCAAGGAGGGCGUGACCCUACGAGCUCCAUCAUCCUCGGACGGUCGAGCAAACAUCGAGCUCCCAAGUGACAACGCUGAUGCAUUUCGGGUCUUCGCCUACUACGCCCACCACAACGUCGAGGCUCUACCAUCUACCAUCAGCCCUGACAUCCUGCUCGCGCUAGCAAUCUUUCUAGACAAGUACGCAUGUGCCGCGCUCUUGAUGCACACCUGCGAGGCAUGGUCAGAACAAUGCCUAAAGGGCGCCUCAAAAAAGGUCUCUGGCAACUCCUACAGGCGGCCAAAACUGGACAAACUACAAACGUCAAUCGCGCGCAGGACGGAGAAUGCAUUGAUGGACCCGGUGUGGAAGGUCACACAUACCGAUUGCAAUCGACUCAAGAAUACGCUUUUUGAGUAUACAAAAGCCCUGAAGGAAAGGGAAAUUCUGCCUGGAACGGCUCGAUAUCAUCACAGAAGCAUUGCUCAAGUCCAUCAAGCGGCAGAGGGCCUGUCCACACGACAGGGUAGGCCGAAGCAUAUCAGCUACCGCGAUGACUGUGGCUGUCGUGACUGCGUUGAGCACAACGUCCUUGUCAACGAAUUGGAAAGCAGGAUGAAGAAGGCUACUGACAGCGUUAAAUGGUGCCUGCUCUGCUUGAAGGGGCCGCGUUGCUCGAAGCAUCCACCUGCCACAACCAAGUAG